AUGCCGGCGGAAAAAGAGCGUCGCUUCUCCCGUCUGGCUGCGCUGCUGCGUCGCCCGUCGUCGUCCUCUUCCUCGUCCGCCAAGACCGCCGCCGCCGCCGCCGCCGACCCAGCAGCAACGUCGACCUCAGCGACCGCCAGCGCCGCCAACAGCAUCACCACCGCUGCCGCCGCGCCCGCCAGCCAGAAGGACAAGAAGGAGGACCUCAAGACCGCGAGCAGAGCAGACGAGCAGGCCUUGGACGACGCUGUCGACAGCGACUCGACGCCGCGCCUGUCGCCCUGGACCUCGCUGCCCGACCAGCUGCCGAGUGCCUCCACCACCACAUCCACGACCUCUACGACUCCUACGCCAGCGCCAGCACCACCAGCUACAGCAGCAUCUACGACAUCUACGACGUCUACAGCUGCAGCUGCUACGGCGACCAGGGCCCGGCGCACUCCUCGACCGGAGGGCCACAGAUUGGGCGUGGAUUCGCGGCCCAACAGAGCUCCCUCGCUCUCUAGUCCGUCGCAGCAGCAGCAUCUGCAACACCUGCAGCAUCCACAGCACCCACCGGGACAGCCAAUUGCUACGGCUGUACGGUCUGCUCCCGCCGCUAGACAGGUCCCCUCGCCGCUGAUCGAGUCCCCUGCUACCUCGAACCCGCCUCUGCCUCGCGCGAGACUAGUCAGCGUCGACAACGGGAAUCACGCCCGACGCUGCGACGACUUUGCCUUCGCACCGUCACCAAACUCACAGCAGCAGCACGGCCGAGACCCUUCGCCUGCACAGCUCCAGGGCCGGAUCCAGCGCCAGUUUAGCCGUCGAGGGAGUGUCGGUGGCUCGGCUCGACAGCUAAACACUAUUACUACUGCUGCCGCUGCCGCUGCCUCGCUUUUCGACGACCCCCAUCAAGGCCUGCAGUCCCCUACCACAUCCCCGAUAUCAGCAUCGCCCGUCUCAGCUGCUGCGCCUGGGAGAAGCCCCCAGAUACCCGAGCAGCUGCCAAAGGGGCCUCGACGACCUUCUCUUGCCGUCAGGAGGCAGUCUCUCGUCCCCGCGUCGCAGCAGCGGCUCAUAAACACCCUGCUUGAGCCACCAUACACCAGUGGUGCCGAGUAUUUCCCCCGUUCUACGCCCGCCAUCCAGUUCGACAUGAUCAACCGCAAGGUCUGGGUCAAACGGCCCGGCUCGUCUCCCACCCUCGUCCUGGUCACCGAGGAAGACCUGGUCGAUGACCUCCGUGACUCCAUCCUCAAGAAAUACGCCAACUCCCUCGGCCGAACCAUCGACUCUCCAGAUAUCGUCAUCAGGCUCAUCCAGCGAGAGCCAUCUAGCAGACACGGCCAGCUGGAACGAGUCCUGGGGCCCGAGGAGCCGCUUACUCGCACACUCGACCAUUUUUACCCCGGCGGGCAGACGAUAGAUGAAGCCCUCAUCAUCGAGGUGCCUCCACGACGGACUCCAAAGGCCUCUCCUCUUACCCCCUAUGCCCAUACAGACGACUCCCGGGGCAUGGACCAACAAGGCGGCUACUUUCCGCCCAUGCAUAUGAUUACUCCUAACAGUGCUACUCUCAAGGACUCCAUGGGCUCUCCCCAUCCAAAUUCCAUGCAGGUCAUCAAUACCGGCCAGGUGCCGCCCAUCCCUUCACCAGGAGUACGUGGGCCAUGGCAGCAGCCACAACAUCGAAGCAGCUAUCACCAAUACGCCGGCUCUCAGGGGCCAGGCUCUCUCCCAUCACCCUCAAAUGGUACGUAUUUCAAAAUAUUAUUUUUUUUAUCUAUUUUUUUUUUUAUUUUUAUUUGUUUCUUUAUUUUCCUAUACAUCCUCGAUAUUAACGGAUUCACAUAUGUAGACUCAGUGAAUCCUCAUCCACCAGCCAACGGCGUACCUACCGCCUCAUCACCCCCUUCUGCAGCAACUCCGCCCGCUCUCCCUUCAGAACCAGCUCCCAAAUCCGUCUCCCCUCCUUCUCGCGUCGCCUCCCCUCGUCCCAAGGGCCUUGAAAAGCUGAACAAGAACAGCAGCACCAACUCGAACCCGCUUCCAACCUCCUUACUCGACGGUGCUAUACCCCCGAUCAAUGUCCUCAUUGUCGAGGAUAACACCAUCAACCUAAAACUGCUCGAGGCCUUCAUGAAACGUCUCAAGGUCCGCUGGCAGACCGCUAUGAACGGCCGCGAAGCAGUCAACAAGUGGCGAGAAGGAGGCUUCCAUCUCGUGCUCAUGGAUAUCCAAUUGCCCGUCAUGAGUGGCCUAGAAGCCACACGUGAAAUCAGACGGUUGGAACGGGUCAAUAAUAUUGGUGUGUUCCAGCGUUCGGCUGGGCCGUCCUACUCUGCAUCCAUGGUUGGGUCGACGCCUACUUCGCCUUCCGUCGCGGAGACUCCAUCCUCCGAGUCAAACCCUGAAGACGAAGUCAAGCCCGAGGAUCUCUUAAACAAAGAGAACCAGUUCAAGAGCCCUGUCAUCAUCGUUGCCUUGACGGCAAGCAGCUUGCAGAGUGACAGGCAUGAAGCCCUGGCCGCAGGAUGCAAUGACUUCCUAACUAAGCCUGUAAACAUCGUCUGGCUCGAGCAAAAAGUAACGGAAUGGGGCUGCAUGCAAGCCCUAAUUGACUUUGAAGGCUGGCGCAAAUGGCGUGGCUUCUCAGACCUAAACAGCGAUUCUACCAUUGCCGCCACCAUCAGAAAGGGCAAAGAAAACGCCGGCCCAGCUCUAACACCUUCAGACGCCACUCCUCGAAAACUUAACCCUAUAAAGUCACUUUUGGCAAAAUCGAGCAAUGGCAAUCUUCAAUCUAAAUCACGGGCCGCGCCACCAUCUACCACCUUCGCAGACGGGACAGACGAUUCCUCAACGGUCAGCUCCACCACCACCACUAUUGCCCCGAGGGCCGACGGCGGUUUGUCAACGCCCGUUGGAACUGCCGUUUCUCCUGCAUCUUCUUCACCCACACCUGUGGCUACGAGAAGAUUACCUGUAGCCUCCAAGGCGCAAAACGGAAGUGCAAAUGGCUCUACGAGCCCGCAAACUUGGAAGAACAGCCAGCGGAACGGUGUUCCCGUGGGAGCUGCGCCUCCUUGA